AUGGAAAGCCAUAAAAAGGAAUAUUAUGAGAAUUUCUGCCAGCGAACUUCGAAGAAAGAGGAGGAACUAGAAAACUUCAUCCGUGAGAGAGAAGGUGACAUUCGUGGUCGUUAUGCAGGGGCCUUUGAGCUUGAUAUUGACUUUGUGAAGGUAAUUCUAAUUGAUGCCUGCUUCAUCCUUGAGCUCUUUUUGAGGAACGUUAACUGUCAAACCGAAAAGAAUGAAAAUUAUUACCUUUUAAGAUCGCCAUUGCUGAGGAAAGCUGUCGAGCAGGACCUGAUACUCUUGGAAAAUCAGCUUCCUUAUCCUCUUCUUCAAGCGCUAUAUCACUUUGCCAACCCCACCUAUUCCAGUUCCAACCCCGGAAAAAAUGUUCAGGAGAAAGAAGAGGCGGAUGACCUGCAGCACUGCUUGCCUUGCUUCCAGCCUUGUUUUCCAUUUUCCCGCUCGACCCCUUCUGAUGAUCUUCCUAUAGGGAUUGAGAAAACCGAACCUGCUUAUGAUCACCCCUUUCUUAAGCUUACUUGUGAGUUCUUUCGGGAAUACACGAAGUUACAACCCAUUGAGAAUGGAGUACAAGUGAAACAUUUCACUGACUUGGUAAGAUAUUUUAUGUGGCCAGAAAACAUGACUUGGAAAGGAAAUGGCGAGUACAUCCGUACCAAAACUAUAUACGAAGUAAGAAAGCUGAAGGAAGCAGGGGUGAAGUUUUGGCCAAAUGAAGGUAGUGAACGCUUCGUCAUAAAAAGAGGUGAGGACCACAAAUGUAAUUUUAAAAUGGCAUGUUUUAGAAAUAUGAACUUGAAGCUUACAAAAUUUAGGGCAAGGUAUGAGGUAGAAUGCGUUAUUCGAAAUGUGAUGGCCUUGGAGCAGUUUAUGUACGCAGAGACGGCUUAUGUUUGCAGUUACUUUUUGAUGCUGGAUCAGCUUGUGGACACUGUGAAAGAUGUGAAAGUGCUGAUUGAAAGCGAAGUUAUAGUUAACUUGCUAGGCAGCAGCAACGCAGUGGUGAAGCUGAUUAAUUCACUUUGUGAGCAGGUUACGGUUAGUAGAUCCUGCUAUGCAGAUAUCUGUAAUCAGCUUAAGGAGCACUACGAGAUCAGCUUCUACAACCGUAACAUUUCGACCCUGAAACGAGUUUACUUCAAGGAUCUUUGGACGGGCAGUUCAACUAUUCUUGGAGUCUUUGUGCUGGUUUUCUCCAUCAUUGGAACCAUUAAGUCUCUCAUGUAA